CACAUGGCAUGAAAACGACAGUAUCGGCACUUUACGGCAGCAGCGGGAGAGCCCCUAUCGGCAGAUGGAUAUCGUGCUUAAACUUUUGCUUUCCAAUCCAGAAGACCAAGGAACACAAAGAUGCAGAUUAGGACCCAAGGCAAUGUCUCUGCUUGGAGUAAAACUAGGAUGCCCAGUUCUAAUAUCUUUGCCAAGUGGCGCCUGCUUGUGCACAGCCUGGCCCAGGAAGGAUUUAUGCGAUGGGCUCCUUCAGAUUGAUUUCAUGUGUUCUUCUUCACACAAACCAUUGACUCCAUUAAAAAAUACAACCACAACCUUAAACCAGCUCAAAAGUUUAACGUCUGUCAAAUUAAGAAAGGUUACAGUAAAAGUUAUAUUAAAGAACUUGGAAGUGAAACUAGCAACCAGUGGAGCAACUAUUUAUGAUCUAGUGAAGGAUUUAUUAAGAAGUAUGUAUGUGUUACCUCGUUACAUGUUAACCAUUAAUGGAGAUUCCUUUAUUGUGAAUAUAGUGGUACUUGACACGGACCUUUUAGAUGAUGGUGCUGGUCUUAUAACUGCAAAAACAAGUAUACACAUAAAAGAGAUCACCACUUUAGAGAUGUACCAGCAUACAUUACAGGAUAACCCUCAGUGCCAAGUGGCAGGAAUUAAUGACAUAUGUGCCUCACUUAAAGAAAUGAUCAAUUUACCUUUGCACUAUCCGGAGACCAUGUCUAAAUUGGGCUUCUCUUGUCCAAGGGGACUACUAUUGGUUGGACCUCCUGGUGUUGGGAAGACCCUCCUGGUAAAAGCUGUUGCAAGAGAAGUUGGAGCAUAUUUAGUUAGUGUCUGUGGCCCUGCAAUUCAUGGUUCAAGACCUGGAGAGAGUGAGGAAAACUUACGGGACAUUUUUCAGAAAGCACGAGGGAUCUCCUGUGGUGGUCCAUGCAUCCUUUUUAUAGAUGAGAUUGACUCCUUAGUCCCUAAACGGGGAAGUUCAAGUAAUGCUCCUGAAAACCGAAUUGUUGCUCAAUUGCUGACACUUAUGGAUGGCAUCCACAGUGACAACAAGAUGGCCAUUGUAGCUGCAACAAACAGGCCUGAUGCCCUAGAUCCAGCAUUGAGAAGACCAGGUAGAUUUGACAGAGAGGUCAUCAUUGGAGCCCCAACGUUGGCACAGAGGAAAGAAAUUCUAAAACUUCUGACUUCAAACAUGCCCAUCUGUGAUGACGUUGAUGUGUCUUGUCUGGCAGAUAUGACGGUCGGAUACGUUGGAGCUGACCUCACAGCACUCUGCAGAGAGGCUGCUAUGCUUGCUGUGCUACACUGCCAUCAGGAUUGCGAAAACGACAGGAUCAGCAAAGUACAUUUUUAUGAAGCAUUUAAAAAAAUCCGUCCUUCUUCCGCUCGGAGUUCUAUUGGGCAGGUAGAAUUUAAACCGGUUUACUGGGAAGAAAUUGGUGGACUUGAUGACCUCAAAGUAUUGUUGAAACAGAGCAUUGAAUGGCCUUUGAAAUACCCUGAUGCGUUUACCCGAAUGGGGCUAACAUUGCCUAAAGGAGUGCUACUUUAUGGACCACCAGGAUGUGCCAAAACCACGCUGGUGAAAGCUGUGGCCACUAGCUGUCAUUGCUCUUUCCUUUCCGUCAGCGGUGCUGAUCUUUUCUCGCCAUACGUUGGAGACUCGGAAAAGAUUUUAGCGCAGGUGUUUAAGAAAGCAAGAGCUAGCACUCCAGCCAUUGUAUUCCUUGAUGAGAUUGAUGCCAUUGUGGGGUCACGUUCGUCCAGCGGUUCUGGCUCCGGUGUCCAGGAAAGAAUUUUGUCUGUUCUGCUUAAUGAGUUGGACGGUAUUGGAUUAAAGACCACUGAACGUAGGGGCACUAAAGUACUGCUGGAAGGCACUGGAAACUGCCACGAUGAUAAGCUGGAGUUUGAGGAGGUUAUAAACAAUUCCGUGAUGAUUGUGGCUGCAACAAACAGGCCAGACGUUUUAGACGAUGCUUUGAUGCGCCCUGGCAGAUUGGACAAAUUACUGUACGUUCCACCACCAGAUAAAAAGGCACGUUUAUCAAUCCUGAAAAUCUGCACAGCUAAGAUCCCAUUAGAUCCUGAUGUGUGCCUAGAAAUCCUGGCAGCGGAGACUCCUUUAUUCUCUGGAGCAGACCUUUGCAAUCUCUGUAAAGAGGCUGCCCUGUUGUCAUUACAUAUGAAUGGACUACAGGCAACGUCAGUGAAAAUGGAGCAUUUCCAAAAAUCUCUACAAUGUGUGAAACCAUCGCUCACUGCCAGUGACCUAAAAGUCUAUGAAAAGCUAUCUGGAUAUACUGUAAAAGGGUGAACUCUGCCUGUUUAUUAGAUAGAUGUAUUGCACUUACAGAAGAAGCUGUAAAAUUAGAAAUAUCAGUUUUCAGUCUUACGAAGGAUACAGUUGUAUAGUUUUAUUAUUGAACUAUGAUGAGGAAUAAUACAGGUACUUAGGCAACCAAGUAUCUGGUAGAGCAUGUGAUAAUAGGAAAUGUGUGGCAACCCCUUACUCGCGUUUCUUGCUUUACAACAGGUUAUUUUCCCAUUUCAAAUACACCGCUGCCUCAAGGGGCAAUAUGGCUUGUGUCUGUAUAUGAUAUGUACAGAAAUAACUUAAAUCAAUUAUAUAAGAAACAUACAGAAUAUGUGCAUGCAACUUGCCUAGAUAAAACCCGGGAGUUCACCAUCAUUGCAAAACAUGCAGCAUGCUGUGUGAUCCUGUCCUAACUAUGGGGAUGUUAUGUCAUGUACGUAUGUGAAUAUAUAGGCAUUGAAGCUUCAGUCACAUUGAUACA